UGUCAUAUAUGUAUGUGUAACAACUUUAGCUUUAAAUAAUAAAGGAUUGUUUUUGACGUUCAUAUUUCGGGCUCUUAAUUUGUAAUUCUCUCCUCUACCGGAAGUCAACAAACCAUCCACCAUGAGCCACAUGAACGAUGCAUGUUGAGGAUGAGGAUGGCUGAAACUGAGAGUCUGAGCAGCUCGGAGCAGAACUCCGUCCAGCACGAUCCGAACCAUGAGGAGGCAUCCGGUGACGAUGGUUCCAGGUCUACAGCCGUAUCUAACGGUCUGUCUGCUGCACAGCAAGAUGUCCUGGAACGCUGUCUUCACGCACUCACCCACGCCAAAAAUGACAGCCACAUUUUGGCAGCUCUUCUCCUGAUUACACGGUUGUGUCCAGCCAAUCAGCUGGAUCGCGUCACUCUGCAUCGAGUCUUUGAAGCAGUGGGAUUUAACCUGCCUGCUCGCCUGCUGGUGACGGCGAUCCGAGGGAGCGAGAGCUCUGGACUUCCCCCUGAGGAGCUGCUGUCUCUCGGGACUGCUUUACUGGCUGCUCUAAGCACAGACCCGGACAUGGCCACUCAUCCGCAGCUGCUCAGUACCGUCCCACUUCUCCUGGGGUUGCUGGAAGGUGGAGCACCAGUGAGCCAGAAGCAAGCCCAGCAUGACACCGCAGCAUCUCAAGCUACUGAGAAGACAUAUGACGGGGCUACAUCUGACCAGUCAAACACAAGUAAUUCAGGAAAGGAAGCAGCAGCAAGUCCUUCCAGGUUAGUGGAUGGAGACGAGGCAGUACAGCCUCCCACAUCCCCCCUGGAUGAAGCGGUGGCAGCCGACUGCUAUCAGGUUCUGAGCUCUCUUUGCGCCCUGCCACGAGGACCGGAUCGGCUGUUGUCCCGCGGUGCUGUCCCUGCUCUGUGCAGAGCCGUGGCUCAAAAACAGACUCUCAGCUAUGAGAAGGGGCUUCCUCUCCUGGCUCAUCUCUUAUCCAGCAGCAUUAGGCAGCGAGCAUGGAGCAAACAUCCAUCAGAACUGCUCUCUCUCCUGGACAGGAUCUCCCAGAACUUCAGCCAGACUUCAGAUAUGAAGCGUCUGGAGAUGUGCACCGAGAUCCCACAGUUUCUUCCACCAUCAGGAGGCGAGCCACAAACUCCAGAGCUCAGGGAUGUGGUCAGUCGACUUUGGGCAACGUUGCGUCCUGUGGUCCAGGGUAAACUCGGCUCAGAGCAGCUGGGUCACAUCCUGGUGCUGUCCGCUUGCUUGCUGGAUUUGUGCGGCUGGGAACCAGCAGGUCCACCGAAGUUCUGCUGCUUGCUAGUGAAUCGGGCCUGUGUGGAGGUGCGGAUGGUGCUUGAGGAGCCUCCGGGUAAGAAGCUGUCAUCUCAGCAGCAGCACAUGCUCACUGCCUGCUACCGUAUCUUGGAGUCAGCCAUGGAGCAAGCAUGCAGCAUGGGGAAUAGCACAAAUCCUGCCCAGCCCCAGACUGCCAUUGCUGGGUUGAGUCUGCAGCAGAGCAGGCAGGUGCUGGGGGUCUUGCAGGAAGCCUUUUCAGCCAUCAUUUACUACCUGCAACAGGUGGAUCCGAGCCGUUAUGAUGAUCCCUUCCUUUACGCGACGUUCCGCUCUCUUUGUGCCUGGUUGGCUGAGGAGACGUCAUGUUUAAAGGAGGACGUCAUGGCUCUCUUACCCUUCCUCAUUGGCUACACCAAACAUCACCUGCAAGACAAGAAAGACAAGGGCUUGGCUGAUUGGAUGUCGGAGAUGUCCGUCGCCGACGGCUCGCAAGCUGGAACGUGGACAGGCGAGCAAGUGCUGAGAUAUCUCCUACCAGCACUCUGUCACCUGUCAGCUGAGGAAGGUCCGAGGAAGGUGCUGCUCUCUCUGGAGACUCCUGCUUUGCUGGUGGACUUUCUCACCCAUGGCUGGGGAGUGCUGACGUCUCAGAGCGGGAAAACAGUGAGCCGAGAUCCCAGUUUGGAAACAGCCUGUUCCGCCCUGCUCAACUUUGUAGUCACAGAGCCCGAGCGAGUGAGAACUGAUGCUUGCUUUGCCUCCCUUGACACUUUGCUGAGUGAAGCGCUCCCCAUCCUCCUUCACAAGUCACGCCUGCUGGUUCUGACAGCCAACUUCUGCACUCUGGGUCUCAUGAUUAACAGACUAAAACCAGCCUUAACUGGUCCGGGAAAUUCAAGUCAGCAGCGCUUCUUCUCCUCUGCCCUGCGUUUCCUCCGAGGGGCGCUACAGGCAGUCGAGGGUAAGGGCCAGGCACAAGUCUCCCCAGUGUGGGCACCAUGGUGGGAGGAGGUGUGUGAGCUCUGGAGGCUCAGUCUACAGGCUCUGGGUGGCUGUGUGAAAGCUCAGCCCUGGAUAGCCAUCAUCAUCAGGGAGGAAGGCUGGCUGCAGAACAUCCUCAGCCUGCUCGAGUCCAGCUGCAGACUCCCAGACACCCAUUCACAGGAGGCGCUGGAGGAGGCUCUGUGUGCCCUCGCCCAAAAGUGCCCACUUUGUCGCCAAGAUAUUAGUGUAUACAUGAAAAGGGAAGCAGGGGAUUCGCUCCACUGCAUGCCACAACUGAGGAAGUUUGUAACGAGCUAAGAUGCUCAGAUCAUGAGCUUUUGGGUAUUAACUCAAAUAUAUCAUGUGUUCUUGCCUGUUGGGUAAUGAUUACUGAUUGGCAAAAAAUUAUUUCUAUAGUUUCUGUAGCUUUAUGAUGCAGAAAUUAAAUAAAAAUAUUUUGCAUAUAAUGGAUUUAAUUGGGUUUUUUUUUUUGGCAAUGGUUUGUAUGAUUUAUAUUGGAUCGUUACUGAAACCAAUAGAUGAACCUGAUCUGGAAUUGAUCUGGGUCAAGACUAUAAUAAGGUCAUAAUAGCAUCUUAAUUAGUUCUUCAAAUCUUCCUUCCUGCAUGAAGUAGGUUUUAAGGGCAUAUCAGGAAUACAAAUUAGUAAUUAGACCCUUUUUGUCAUAUUAACACCCCUGUACCACCACUUUCUUAACAU